GACAUCUGAGCCCCACAUCAAGCGCUCGCUGCCUACCUCCACCCUCUCACCCACAUGGAUUCCUCCGCCGGCGGCGGCGGGGGCGGCCGCGGCGAGCCGGCCCGAUGGCUGGAGAUUGCCGGGAAGCUCCUCGCCGCGCGGGACCUGGUCGGCUGCAAGCGCCUGGCGGAGCGCGCGGUGGAGGCGGACCCGAACCUCCCGGGUGCCGACGAGCUCCUCGCCGUCGCCGACGUCCUCCUCGCCUCCCAGCGCCAGCUCCCCUCCGGCCGCCCCGAUCCGGUCGCCGUGCUCCAGCUUCAGCCCGGCCCCGACCCCGCCGCGGUCAAGCGCGCCUUCGGCCGCCUCUCCCAGCUCGUGUCCGCCCCGCGUAACCCCCGUCCCGCCGCGGACACCGCCCUCCACUUCGUCCAACAAGCCUUCGCUGAUCUCUCCAAGAACGCCUCCAGCGAUACGGCUCCUGCUGCUGCUUCUACUCCUGCUUCAGGGGGUGCCUCGGCAGCCGCUGCCGAUGCCGAUGCGUUCUGGACGUCGUGCCCCUACUGCUGCCACGUCUACCAGUACCAGCGCGCGCUGGUGGGGCGCGCGCUCAGGUGCCAGAGCGCCGGAUGCCGGCGCGCGUUCGUGGCCACCGAGAUCCCGACCGUGCCGCCUAUUGUGCCGGGCACCGACAUGUACUACUGCGCGUGGGGGUUUUUCCCCAUGGGCUUUCCUAAGGCAGCUGAUUUGAGCACCAACUGGAAGCCAUUUUGCCCCAUGUAUCCUGGGAAUCUUCAAGCUCCACCGCAGUCAGCAUCUGCAGGGACUGCCAAUGUCGAUCCCAUGAAUGUUCAAUCUCCACAGCAGCCAGCAUCUGCAGGAACUGCCAAUAUUGAUCCCAGGAAUUUUCAAUCUCCGCUGCAGACAGGAACUGCUGGGACUGCCAAUGUUGAUUCCAGGAAUUUUCAAUCUACGCCACAGCCAGCAUCUGCAGGGGUUGCCAAUAUUGAUGUACCAAAUAUUGAGAAUAAUGGCAUACCUUUUAAUGCCAAUUCAACACCUGCAAAUGUGCAGCCAGCAAAUAAGAGUGGUGUCCGUGGCAGUCCAGCAGGGCCAUCUAGAGGUAGGACGAAGAAGACAACAGCACGCAAGAAGGUUGGUACCGUGUUUAAGAAGCACGCUUCCAGUGGGUUGGAAAGUGGCAUUGAGCCAUCUAUGCUUGGGUCGGAUUCAUGGAAUGGGAAUGCAGGUAGUGGCAGUGCGCAGACAGCGGGUACUAGAGAGAUCAACAUAAAUGAGGUGGCAAAGCCAACUGAUGGCGCCACAAUGCUGAAUUUUGGUGGGGAUGAGGACAUUGGGUUUGAUUUGGAUGUUGAUGCAACGGAUGCCAUAUUGGGAAAUUUACAGCACCUGCCAUUCUUGAGGGAGGAUGACAAUACCAGAAGGAUGUUUUAGUUGUCGAUGUGCUCAGUGUAGGUAUUCGUAGAUUUGGUGUAUAUCGUGCUGUUGAAGGAAAUCCUGCAUAGGCCGAUCCUUCAAUGCUGCCCUUCUGUCAUUCCAACUAUUUCUUAUAUUUAUUCUGUGUUCCGUAGUUAUCUACCUUGGUUCAGCUAGCUGGUGAUCACUUGUAGCAUCUGGAUCAGUACUCUUUACAAAUCUAUAGACUAGAUUAUCCCAAAUUAGUUGGGGGAUGUGUAAUAUUUGCUACCUGCAGAUUGACUUAAGGAUGUAACUGGUCGAGCAAAUAAUGCUUUCUGCAUGGUUGAUUGGUGAGGCAAUUAAGUUAAGGGUUUAUAAUGCAACAGAGGCCACAUGGAGUGCUGGCAGAUAUAUGCUGAUGAAAAUAAUAUUCCCAUCAGAAAAGUUCUACGCGGUCAGUUGAUUGCCUUCACCAGUCAUCAAAAGAGCUGAAUAACAGAAGUGGCAUGGUUCAGUUUAGGGCACGUCAGUGGCUUGUAACCUAUGAUUCUUUCUUUGAUUUUUUGCCAAGCUUGCCUGAAAUAACGGGAGUUAUCUGCUGUUGGCUGCGGCGGAGUGGCAGGUUGGGGGAAGUAGGAGGAAAGGAAGGCUGAUGUUUGCCCAUUUUAUCUUGAUCCAGCGUCACAUGAAUUGUGUGGUUUUAGCAUCUAAAUAACUCGAAUUUUCAUGAGCUUUAUUCAUAUGUAUCGAGAGAUUAUUAGGUACCAAUUUUGUUCGAUAUGUGUGCUUCAUAUCUUAUUUUUACUUGGCCAUUUGCACCAGGAGUGAGAAAAAAAAUGAUGGAAAAUUUGAUCA